AUGAAAGGAGCGUUGUUUUUCGUGUUUUAUUGUCAAGUGGCAUUGGAUCUCUGCGCCGUUUUCUCACCCCCUGCUCAGACACGGACUGCUCACAGUAUGGGGGUGGGUCCACCUGCUUCACCUGCUCGGACACGGACUCCUGACAAUAAGGUGGUGGAUCGGGCGAUAAACAAAAGACAUGCCAAUCUUUCUGGACCGUGCGGUGGCGAGCGUGGUCAAACGGCUCUGCCUCCAGACUCUUUCCUCGCAGGGCCUGCGAGAACCUUUCGAGCUUAUGGAGUUCUUUAUCCCCACAUUGUCGUCUGGCAAAGUGUAUACGGAGAAAUUCAGAUCGACAGAUCUUUGCAAAUGAUUGGAAAUUCAGGUCUCCUGGUGUGGCUGGGCUUAAAGACUCCGUCUCAGAUGGACAAACAACAAUCCCGAUCGUACGGAGUGUCAAACUCAGUGUUGAGACUGCCGAAACAUUGGUGA